UUAACUCUCCUGCACUGAUUUCCACGAUAAGGUUAUUUGAACGCAACCUUUUAAGCGUUUGUUCUCGCCAGUGCACGGCCACUAGAGAGGACAGAAGAAAAACGGAGGAAAGUGCUGCAACGUUACAAGUCGGGGAUCAUCACCCAAGACCCAAGAGCGUCCUCGACUUGCAGGGUCUCACCCUAAAACCAGAGGAACCAUGUCAUCUACGAAAUUCAAGAAGGACAAGGAGAUCAUAGCGGAUUAUGAGACCCAAGUGAAAGAGAUCCGUAACCAGCUGGUGGAGCAGUUCAAAUGCUUGGAGCAGCAGUCUGAGUCUCGUAUCCAGCUGCUGCAGGACCUGCAGGAGUUCUUCCGCCGCAAAGCAGAGAUUGAACUGGAAUAUUCCCGCAGUUUAGAGAAGCUGGCCGAGAGGUUCUCCUCCAAGAUCCGCAGCUCCAGAGAACAUCAACAGUUCAAGAAAGACCAGCACCUGCUGUCCUCAGUAAACUGCUGGUACCUGGUGCUGAACCAGACGAGGCGUGAGAGCCGCGACCAUGCCACCCUCAGUGACAUCUACACCAACAAUGUCAUUGUCCGUUUGGCCCAGAUCAGCGAGGAUGUCAUCCGCCUCUUCAAGAAGAGCAAGGACAUCGGGAUCCAGAUGCACGAGGAGCUGGUGAAAGUGACGAAUGAACUCUACACUGUGAUGAAAACGUACCACAUGUACCACACUGAGAGCAUCAGCGCAGAGAGCAAGCUGAAGGAUGCAGAGAAACAGGAGGAGAAACAGUUCAGCAAGUCAGGAGAUCUCAACGUGAACCUGCUGCGCCACGAGGACCGCCAGCCAAGACGCAGCUCCGUGAGGAAAAUUGAGAAGAUGAAAGAGAAGAGGCAAGCCAAGUACUCAGAGAAUAAGCUGAAAUGCACAAAAGCCCGGAAUGACUAUUUGUUGAACCUGGCAGCAACAAAUGCAGUUGUGGCAAAAUAUUACAUCCAUGACGUCUCUGAUAUGAUUGAUUGCUGUGACCUCGGCUACCAUGCCAGCUUGGCACGCACCUUCAGGACCUACUUAUCUGCCGAGUACAACUUGGAGACGUCCCGCCACGAGGGACUGGAUAUCAUAGAGAAUGCAGUGGACAACCUGGACUCUCGCAGUGACAAGCACAAGAUCAUGGAUAUGCAUAACCAGGUGUUCUGCCCUCCGAUGCGCUUUGAAUAUCUGCCACACAUGGGAGAUGAGGUGUGCCAGGUGAGCGCCCAGCAGCCUGUCCAGACUGAACUCCUGAUGCGCUACCACCAGCUGCAGUCUCGCUUAGCCACGCUAAAGAUUGAGAACGAGGAGGUGAGAAAGACCUUGGAUGCCACGAUGCAGACGCUGCAGGACAUGCUGACUGUGGAGGACUUCGAUGUGUCGGACGCCUUCCAACACAGCCGCUCCACUGAAUCCAUCAAGUCUGUGGCCUCCGAGUCCUACAUGAGCAAGCUGAACAUAGCCAAGAGGAGGGCCAACCAACAGGAGACAGAAAUGUUCUACUUUUCAAAAUUCAAAGAGUACCUGAAUGGCAGUAACCUCAUCAUUAAGCUGCAGGCCAAGCAUGACUUACUGAAGCAGACACUGGGUGAAGGGGAGAGGGCUGAGUGUGGGACUACAAGGCCCCCCACCCUUCCCCCUAAACCACAGAAAAUGCGGAAGCCUAGGCCACGCUCCGUGUAUAACCAUAAGCUGUUUAACGGCAAUAUGGAGACCUUCAUCAAGGAUUCAGGUCAACCAAUUCCACUUGUUGUUGAAAGCUGUAUCCGAUACAUCAAUUUAUACGGGUUGCAGCAGCAAGGCAUAUUUCGCGUGCCAGGAUCUCAGGUGGAGGUCAAUGAUAUUAAAAACUCUUUUGAGAGAGGUGAAGAUCCCUUGAUCGACGACCAGAACGAGCAUGAUAUUAACUCAGUGGCAGGGGUGCUGAAGCUGUACUUCAGGGGACUGGAGAACCCUCUCUUCCCAAAGGAGCGGUUCCUGGACUUCAUCUCUACCAUCAAGCUGGAGUCUGGAGCUGAGAGAGCACAUCACAUCCAGCAGAUUAUUGUGACUCUUCCUCGGACCAUCAUAAUCGUCAUGAGAUACCUGUUUGCUUUUCUCAACCAUCUCUCCCAGUACAGUGAUGAGAACAUGAUGGAUCCAUACAAUUUGGCUAUCUGCUUUGGACCAACCCUGAUGCCCAUCCCAGAUGGCCAGGAUCCUGUAGCAUGCCAGGCACAUGUUAACGAGGUCAUCAAGACCAUCAUCAUCCACAAUGAAGUCAUCUUUCCCAGUCAACGUGAGCUGGACGGCCCGGUGUAUGAGAAGUGCAUGACUGGGGGGGAGGAGUACUGUGACAGCCCUCACAGUGAACCAGGAACUAUUGAUGAGGCCGACAACGGAACUGAACCGCACACCAGUGAUGAAGAGGUUGAACAGAUCGAAGCCAUUGCCAAGUUUGACUAUGUGGGACGCAGCCCCAGGGAGCUGUCCUUCAAGAAGGGAGCCUCUCUUCUUCUGUAUCACAGGGCGUCUGAAGACUGGUGGGAGGGCCGUCAUAAUGGUGUUGAUGGUCUCAUCCCACAUCAGUACAUUGUAGUACAAGACCUUGAUGAUGCUUUCUCAGAUAACCUCAGCCAGAAAGCAGAUAGUGAAGCGAGCAGUGGACCGUUGCUGGAUGAUAAAGGUUCAUCUAAAAAUGACGUCCCAUCACCAUGUGAACAGUCACCUGAUUACAACUUUGGCGGAGUCAUGGGGAGGGUGAGGUUACGGUCCGAUGGCGCUGCAAUCCCACGUCACCGUACAGAUACCCACAGUCCGACAAGAGUGGCCGACACUCCGCCACGAGCCGCAGCCUGUCCCAGCAGCCCCCACAAGGUGUCUAUAAGCAAGGGUCGCAUGGAGAGCCCAGAAAAGAGGCGCCUCGGUACCUUUGGCAGUGCAGGAAGCAUCAACUACCCGGACAGGAAGGCCUAUCCUGACGGCCACCCCCUGAGACCAGUGCCAGGGGCCACUCGUCACAGCAGCCUCGGGGACCACAAAUCGCUGGAGACUGAGGCUCUUGCUGAGGACAUAGAGAAAACAAUGACUACAGCGCUCCAUGAGCUGCGGGAGCUGGAGCGACAGAAUACCGUUAAGCAGGCUCCCGAUGUGGUUUUGGACACCCUGGAGCCCAUGAAGAACCCGGUUAGCUCUGAGCCCGGCAGUCCGCUGCAUACCAUUAUGAUCCGUGAUCCAGAUGCAGCCAUGCGCCGCAGCAGCAGCUCCACCUCUGAGAUGAUGACCACCUUCAAACCUGCUCUCUCCGCCCGCCUGGCCGGGGCUCAGCUACGCCCCCCACCCAUGAGACCAGUGCGUCCUCCUCCGACGCAGCACCGCUCCAGCAGCUCCAGCUCCUCAGGAGUCGGCAGCCCUGCUGUAACUCCCACCGAGAAGAUGUUUCCAAGUAACAAUUCAGCUGCUGGUUCUAAUAUGAAUGCAUCCAGUGAUGCUGGGGAUAAGUCUGGUACCAUGUAGCAAAGGUGGAAUCUGCUAGGUGGGAAGGUUGUAAAGUUUUCCAAGUGAGGGGGAAGCUUAUGGAAGUGGGUGCUGAUGUGUGGGAAGCAGAGACAGAUAUUCACCUCUCUGUUUUCUGCCUGACUUAAUUCAUAUAUUCAGGAAGCUCCUGAAGCGAGCCUACCGUAUGUUACCAUGGUGAUAAAGCGGUGGAAGAAGCUGUAGAGGUGUGACAGCAUGAAGCUUGAACCUCUUUAAAACUUGAUUUAACUACAGUAAAUGUGUAUAGGAAUACGUGUAUUUCAGUUUUACCUCAAUUUCAACAAAAAUCUGUGGCCAUGUUCUCGUUUCAGAGAUGCAGUGAAUGCAAGUGAAGCAAUACUUGUGUGAAAUCUGGUAUUAGUUUCUACCCAGCGAACACUGUCCAGCUGAUGCUUCAGUCACUUCAGCUGAUGUGUAUGAAACACCUCAUCUGGACUAGUGUACACAUUCAGGCUAAUAUACCAUGUCUAUCUAUCAUUGAGGUCAUAGGCCUUAUGGCUGUACAUAAAAACUUACUUGAAGUUGCCAUGGUUUCUGUUUGUACUAUAAUUCAGUGGAUGUUCAGCAAAGUAUCAACAUAGUGACAUUAUAUACUUCUGCAUGCAGGGUUUGGAGAAAAUAAGGGACCCAUUAAAGGCUUAUUGUAAUGAUGCAGAGUUUUCUCAUGUUGUUCAUUGUAAACAGAAAAUAAUUACUUUGAAACCUGAUGAAAAAAUAUCAAGUCUCAAAUGUUCAAAUACAUGACAAAGUAAUACAUUAGGACAUUACAGUGUUAUAUUUUAAAGAUGCCAUGUGUGUGGCUGUUGGUACUAUAGAUGUUGUACCUGAAGUCAUCCUGUUCACUGCUAAAGAUAAAGCGUCCAGAUGUGUGAAGAUGAUCUCUGAAGUUGUAGACAUUACUUUCAGGAGUCAUCCUCUGCCAUCAUGGGCGGUGGGCAUGUUGCCAUGUUUUUUUUUUUCUAUUUCCUGUAUAUGAAAUGCAGAAAACUAAUGCAUCAACUAAUGUAGGAAUCCUGUGGUAAACUUGUACAUAAUAUAUAGCUAGUAAUUUUUUUAAGUGUUAAUCUUGUACAGGCUAAUUCAAAAAAUAAAGGCAAAGGGUUGAUGUGAAUGGCACUUGUAAAGAACAUAAACCACCUUUUUAUCAUCUUCAGUAAACUAGAAACAUAUUCUUUGGCUGUGUACAAUAUAGUUCAGAUCAUUUACUGUGUACUGUGUGUUUAGAUUGCAUUUGGUAAUUGUACUGUAGAAAACUGAUUGCUGUUGAACAGACCGCAAAGGCCGAACAAAUCUUUUCUCCAUUAUGUUUUUUUUUUUUUUUGGUUUUGGUUUGUUUUUUUGACACACUCACCCAGUUUCAGACAGUGCGUAAAACUUGGAACUGUUUCCCGUUGAAGACUGAUAUGGGUGAUUUUCAUUAUUGCAUAAGAAACAUUGAAAAGUACCCUCUGCAAGUUCCUCUUUCAAAUUUAAGAUGCGAUGCUCACCCAGAGGGACCUGAAAGUAGAUGUUGUGACAUAGUGUUAUCAAAGCCGUUUCCUUCCUUCCUGCCUUGUCCUUAUCUCUGUUGAUAGACACAGUUCUGCUCUGACUGUGUACUCUUUCUUGUUCCUUUGGAGGAAAACUGAAUAAGAACUUUUCAGUGUUUAUAUCUACUGUCAUUCUCACAGCUCUAGUCCAGAGACUUUGUUAUGCGCAUCCCUAUGAGCCUGCUCUGUUCUGCAUGUUUUGCGCUGUAAUGACUGACUCAUAUUAUGCAGCAGUUAAACAAUGGCUGUAUGUGGUGCCUUGCCUUGGUAAAAUGCACAAAUAAUUUCAGUAUUGGACUUUUUUUUUUUUUUUUAAAGAAACGGGCCUUAACAUUUAUGGGGGUUGGGAAUGAUGAAUUAAGCCACUUGUAGCAGUUGUUAAAAUAGAAGGGAAAGAGAACUAACAAUGCUUGAUUCAGCAAAAGGAAACUUAAAUAUGAGCAUGUCAACCAGGCAUUGACUCCACUGCCAACUCUGCAGUCAUUCUGUACAUUCUGCAGUGUUACAGAGACACAUGCUGUAAACAGAACAUAUUCGCUUGUGGUCAAUGUAUUGUCUGCUUUUUAUUUGUCAUGGGCAGAUAUAUAAAUAUCCAGGGUGGGAGAAUCUUUAAGAACACAGAGCUCCUACAGCCAGAGAAAAGGCAAUACAGCAUUUAAAGUCAUACAGCGCAGUCACGCUCUCUGCUGGUUCCUGCUGGUAUCGCUUCUUGUGAUGAACCAGUAGACACCGUCACCUCAUGUGGGCAUUAUGAGUGUGAUCUGGAGCUGAUAUUACAAUCACCUGGUUCAUCCGCAUCGUUCCUCUUAUCUUUCCUGGCUACAGUUUUGCACCUGUUGAAAUCUAUGAAGAUAGAAACAUAUGUUUAUUGAAAUAUGAAGAAAGCACACAAUUUCAAAAGAUGAAAUGAUCAUCAUUAUAUUUAACUAGACUGUUUUUUUUUUUUUAUUUAUAGAGUGUAAGUGGAGCAGAAAAAUUUGAGUGCCUUUUGUGCACAACAUCAGUUUUUAUUGGACUUUUAUAUUUACUUUUUUUAAAUGUAAUAUGUUGUCUAUUAGUUGUCAUGUUAAUUAUAAACUGAUGUUGCUUUUUUAUCCUUUCUUUCUAUUGCUAAUUACUCGUCGACCACCAUAAGGAGUACAUUGUGUAAAGAUAUUCCUCUCUUGAAUUACACAACAAUUAUCAUGAACUGCUCGUCUGUGUUUGGGUGAUCCCUGAAGAAUAGGAGUUAUAAAAACUACUGUAUACACAAUCUACUGGUAAAGUUCAGUAGAGUCAUCUCAGAAUAUUUCUUUCAUAUUUUUGUUUUCCCUGUGAACUGCCUGUGCUGUGGUUGAGCCGUAACUCUUGUCAUUUAGCUUCUUCCCUCUCAAAGAAAAAUCAUUGCAGUAUUGUUGGAAACAGCAGGACUGAUAUGGAACCUCUACAUGCAGAGCUUAUGACUCUCGUUUUCCCUACAUGUGAUGUUACACAGACUUUUUUUCUUUCCAGGAAUGAAUGCUGAAAUGGGUAACACUGUUUGUCUGCUGACAUGAGACAACAUUAAGGUUGACAUUAAAAAAGAAGAUAGCAGUGAGGGAGCAGGCUGAGCGCCUGUCAUGUUGUGGGGACCGGAGUGUGAGUUGCCGUCACACUGUUUACCUUCUCUUUAAUUGUUUGUCUAGUGAUGCUGUUUGUUGAUGAGUGUCUGGUUGGUUGAAACCCUGUGAUGUAAUGUACACCAUACCACUGACUGGAUGUUGAAAACCCCUGCGUCCAAAUAAAACCAUUAUUGC